GCUACAUUGCCUCCUUGUGCCGCUGUCGCAUGUCAUCUCAGCAUCAACGACAUUGCAAUCUGCACAUCUCUAUCUCUUGGAAACAUCCAAGCCCCCUUUGAUCACAUAUCUCACCCUUGGUAAAGCGCAACACAAACACCCCUACCAAGCAUACGAAACCAUGGCUUCCACCACGGCAUCGGACCGCAAGACGGCCAUCAUCACAGGGUCUACGAGCGGCAUCGGUCUGGACCUCGCCCGCGACCUCCGCACCAAGGGUUGGAACGUCGCCAUCUCCGGCCGCCGUGAGCCCUGCAAGGGCGAGGCCAUCGCCAAGAGCAUCGACGAGACGGGUGACGCGGCGCUGUACUGCCGGGCCGACGUGUCAUCUUACGCCGACCAGGCCGAGCUCUUCCGGCAGGCGUGGACCAAGUGGGGCCGGCUGGACCUGUUUGUAGCCAACGCCGGCAUCGUCGACGAGGGUCCCACGAGCCGAUACAACCUCCUGCGCAAGGAUGCUCCGGUGGACGACGUCCCGCCCGAGCCCAGGCUGGGCUGCAGCGACGUCAACUUCAAGGGCGUGGUGUACGGAACGGAGCUGGCGCAGCACUACAUGCGGCACAACAAGCCCAAGAGGGGCGGCAAGAUCAUCGUCACGGGCAGCAUCGCCGGCCUCUUCCCGCUGCCCACGUACCCGGAGUACUCGUCGGCAAAGGCGGCCGUGUCCCAGUGGGUGCGCGUCAUGGCCCCCAUGCUCAAGCUGCACGACGACAUCACCAUCAACUGCGUGCUGCCCAACGGCUACGACACAGCCAUCCUGCCGGGGUUCAAGGAGGCGUAUUUGGAUGAGCACCUCACCAAGCGCGACUGCAUGAUGAAGGCCUACUUCAUCUUCAUCGACGACGAGACAAACUCCCAAACAGGCCAGAACGUCGAGACGGCUUAUGACAGCCUCUACUUUCAUGAGAAGCCGGCCGCCAAGAACGAAGUCGUCAAGAGAACCGAGAAGGUCUACGAGCCUUGGUUCGAGUAUGCUCACGGCGCCCGCAGCGGGCUCGAGACAGCCAUCAAGGCGCCGAUGAGGACUGGUGUUUAAGGUCUUUCUGUGUGUAUGUGAGUUGGUUUGUCAAGGGGUGUGUAAGAGGAAAAGAAAUAAAUAAAAAGCUUGACUUUUGGUCAUUUGUUCUCGACUAGACCAUGAUGUCCAUCAGCACUUUUUUGCCGCG